UUCACUUUGGACAAAGUCACUUUGAGUCACACAGUGCGCACCUUUUUCCCCCCUCGCGCUCCUUUUCCCACCACCACACAUAUCCAUUCUCCAUCCUCUUCUUUUUCCCUCCCGCAUCCGGAGACUUAUCUCCGUCUCCAAAAUCGUCAGCUGAAUGGACUUUUUCUCCCUCCUCCUUUUACGACCAAUCCUCCUUCUUCCAUCCAUCCUUCCUGGCGGCUUUUAUUAGGACCUCGUUUAUUUUUUCUUCGCCCCGCUCUCUGGACUAUGCCGUCGGGGGCUGCCGGGGCUGUAGAGGACCGUGGAAACCCACCGCAGGAGCCGCCGCGCUGCGCUUUCCUUUCACUGAAAUAUAGGACGGGGGGGGAAAAAAGAGGGUAACACACUUUUGGGGGAAAAAUCAAAGGCACAACUUGUGUUCCGGAACGAAUCUUAAAGCACUGCUUUCAUUCAUUCUCAAACUGGCGUUCGUGUGAGGAAGAUGUGACCUUUUUUUUUUUCCUUCUUUUGCGCACAGGCACAUCCGAUUGUAUCUAAUGAGCGAAGCGCUGCUUUCCUUUCAGUUGCUCGAUGUUCACGCGUCUUUUUGUUGGAUUACACGAGGGGACAUGAGCACAGUGAGAGGCCGAGGAGCUGGAUUGUAAGAUUACCACCUUUUGCUUUUUUUUGUUCUUCCUCCCUUCCCCGUCUCUUCAAAGAGGAAGUGCUCUCUCUGUAUGUUCAAUGGCUCCAGUGUCAAGGUUGGCAAGGCGCAAAGAUGCCAGUCGCUGGCCGAGGAUGUCAUCAACUUUCUGGGCUGUGCUGCUUCUGACAGCGCUUCUUGUUCUCUAUUGCGGCCAGCUGGCAGCGGGGACAUGUGAGAUUGUGACGCUGGACAGGGACAGCAGCCAACCGCGGCGGACCAUCGCCAGGCAGACAGCCCGCUGCGCCUGUAAGAAGGGCCAGAUCGCUGGAACUACAAGAGCCCGGCCUGCCUGUGUGGACGCUGGUAUCGUUCGGAAAAGGCAGUGGUGUGAGAUGGUGCCAUGUUUGGAGGACGAAGGCUGUGACCUGUUAGUCAAUAAAUCUGGCUGGACUUGUACACAGCCUGGAGGUCGAGUCAAAACCACCACGGCACUAUGACGUGACAAGAGUCCCCCUCGACACUCUUGCACUAUGGAGAGCAUUGAUGACCCUUUGACAGACAGCCAAACACCAUCUACCACCAACACCAACACCACCACCCUCACUACAGCUCCACCCAAACCCUGGUCCAGUAAAGGCAGGAAGCAACAUAAGAGCACCAGCAGCCUCAUGGAGGCAGCAAGGUCUCAUAACACAACCCGAGGCAGUAAAAACCAGCAAGUGACUGUUUGAGGGAGCCAGCUCUCCCCCUGGACACUGGGCAAACUACUCACUGUAAAGCAGUUCCUAUUUCCUGUGACCGGCUCCUCCGGGUUUGUGACUGCUCCCUCCUGCUAUCUGUCGUUGGGUCAACAUGUCGCAUCCACCUCCUCUCCACUCUAUCUGCCUGCUCUGUGAAAUUAGCAGCACCUGCUCGUGCCACGGAGGACUGGACACCGUAACAUGUUUUUUUGCCUCACUGGAAUUCCUUGUGUUUGGAGCUUCUAACUCUUUUCAAGCACUUUAAUGCAGGAGUUCCAGCGCACCGAGGGGGAUCAUCACAGACCGGACCCUGUUGCUUCUCACACCGACUCGCGGGGCCGUAAAUUACCGAACUGAGCUCUCUCUCUGCUGUGAAUAGGCCUUCUGCUGGAGUAAACCUCUCAUAUUUUUAUAGACCAAAGAGCAAAACAAUAAAUACGAUCAUUUUGACAGAGUGCACCAUCUGGCAAAGACACACACGGAGACUCUGUAAACGCACUUGUGUCGCCGCCGACCAGUGACUGCUCCCACAGAGACACGGUGCACAGGAGGACAAGCCCCCGCGUCCCGUGGCACAAGUACCGUGCAAAAAUCAAAAAGGAGUGCUUUUAAAACCUUCUAGACAUUUUUUUUCUCAGACUAAGCCCACCACUGUAUUUUGAAACUGGAGAUAUAGGUACUACAUAUGUAUAACUGUGUAUCCAAGGAAAAAAAAAAAAAAUCGGAUUUGCAUUUUUCAGUAGCUAUGGUUGGGGACGGCUUACAGGAAGAAUGGUCAGGCCAGGUCGCGGUGAAGGGUCGCACAUCUUAUCAAAGAUACGCUGAACAUAUACAGAGAGUAUAAAUGCUGUAGAGUCUGAAAAGGAGCGAAGAAAUGUCAUUAAAUGUAUUUUGAAAGGCCCUAAAAAGUUAUAUAUUUAACAGUUUUAUAUGUUGUACCUUUGUAGAGACGCUUAUUGGACUUGUGGUCACAAUGGCAGUUUAGUAGGAUGUGAACAAAACGCUGUUGUUCUCAUGACUGCUGGCUCGUAGUCCCAGGUUUUCUGUUCACACCUCAGUAGCCGCUUUCUUUUCAUGGUCGUCAACAAGUCACUGUCUAUCAGAACCACUCAUGGAGAGAGAGAGAGAGAGAGAGAGAGAAAAAAAAAAGGGAAUGCGACACAAUUUAUUGAGGACUGAUCUGCAGCCAACUGAACGUUGUAAAUCUAUGGUAGUCAGUGAAAGCCAUUGAAAUUUGCUAAUUUGCUAUGAUACUGUAUUGUACAUGGUGUGGAAUACUGACUCAUUUCCUCUC